AUUAAUUUUAUUCUCUUGUGGGUUUUACGAAUGAAAAUAAUUUUGAUUGGACACCCCACAGAGGUGUGUAUGCUCACUUAUAAAGAGCAAGUUGGUUUCACGAAAAGCCAUAACCCCUCCCUAAAUUUUCUAUGGCGAUAUAAAAGACGCCGGUCGCUGUUUCUUUGUGACAUAAGAUAACAAAUUUUCAUUUUAACCCGAUCAAUAAAUUAGUUUCUUUUGAAAGUGUAUUAACAAAAAUGAAAGGAAAAUUAACGAAAUUUCUCGUCGAUUACGCGAUAAAUAGAUCUUAUCUUAAAUCCGGUAAUAGUUAUUCGACCGCGUUUGGUGUUUUGGAUGAAAAUUUCGGGGAUUUACCGAGAAAAAUUACGGAAGAAAGUAAUGUUAAACCGUACGAAUCAAUUCCGGGACCUAAAAAAUUACCGUUUAUAGGAAAUGGGUGGAGAUUUGCUCCAGUUAUAGGUCAAUAUCAAAUACAAGAAUUAGAUAAAGUAAUGUGGUCUUUAUAUUGGGAUUAUGGAAAAAUGGUGAGAGUAAGUGGAUUAUUUGGUCACCCGGAUUUAUUAUUCGUUUUUGAUGGGGAUAUAAUAAAAAGCAUCUUUAAGUUGGAGGAGGAAUUACCUCAUAGACCUUCAAUGCCGUCGCUACAUUAUUAUAAGCAGAGAUUAAAAAAAGACUUUUUUGGGUCGAGUCCCGGAGCUGUUGGAGUUCACGGACCUUUAUGGGAUGAGUUCCGAAGAAAUGUUCAACAAAUUGUUUUACAACCAUCAAUUGCAAGGACUUAUUAUGGACCAUUAGAUGAAAUUGCCACAGAGUUCAUCAAUCGCAUAGAUACGUAUCUAUUGGAUGAAAAAGACGAACUUCCUGCUAAUUUUAUGAGCGAACUUAACAAGUGGGCUUUAGAAUCUGUUGCUAGAGUAUCAUUAGAUACAAGAUUAGGAUGUUUGAAACCAAAUUUGGCUAAAAAUUCGGAACAAAAAAAAAUAAUCAACUCGAUCCUAACAUUUUUUAAAAACGUCCCUGAAGUGGAACUUCGUUUUCCAAUUUGGCGACUCUACCACAACAAAAAUUUCAGGGAUUACAUAGCCGCGUUGGAAACGUUCAGAACAUUAUGUGUUAACCAUAUUAAUGAAGCAAUACAAAAAGAUGUUCCAGGAAGAACAUCGAUUGUUAAAAGAAUUGUUGAAAGAACUGGUAGUCCUAGAUUAGCGACGGUUUUAGCGUUAGAUUUCUUUUUAGUUGGAGUUGAUACAACAUCAAUAACUAUAGCUUCAACUAUGUAUCAUUUAUCACAAAACCAAGAGAAACAAACAAAAUUGUACGAAGAAUUAAGAAAUAUUAUCCCAAAUUUGAAUCAACCUGUUAAUUUAUCUUGCGAUUUAUCAUAUUUAAAAGCGUGCGUAAAAGAAACUUUGAGGUUAAAACCGGUGGUUUUGGGGAACGGAAGAAGUUUACAAUCGGAAAGGGUUAUUGAUGGAUAUUUAGUACCAAAAGGAACUCACGUUAUUUUUCCGCAUUUAGUGGUGGGUAAUUUGGAGAAAUAUUUUAGUGAGCCGAGUAAAUUUAUCCCGGAACGUUGGUUAAAAGAAAACAAAGAUGCGGAAAAAUUUCAUCCAUUUGUGUCGCUACCAUUUGGUUAUGGGCGAAGAGCUUGUUUAGGAAAACGAUUCGCCGAGGCGGAGUUGUAUAUUUUAUUAGCGAAAAUCUUUCGCAAAUACAAAGUGGAAUAUAAUUAUGGAAAGAUGACUUACAAAGUUGUCCCGACUUAUACACCUAUAAAUCCGUUAAAAUUUAAACUUACAAGACGAGAAUAAAAUUUUUUUUUUAUUAUUAUACUUUAAUGCUAAUUUUAAUACAAAUAUAGUACAAAC